AUGUGGGGGAUCCUUCUCCUCGUAUUUCUCUUCACUCUGUGGUUCCACCUAAAGCCAGACUUCGGAAACAGCGUAAAAUACUUUGUCGCGUACUUGCUACUUCGCUGCAAGAAGUUCAGGAAUGAGAAGCGGAUUUGGAACGUCGCUCCUCGCCCGAAAGAUUUCGAGAAAGCGGGUCUGCUUCCAACGUCGUUGGAGAAAGAUUUCGAAGCUCCUCGAUGGGGGUUCGGGGAGGAAGUCCUUGAAUUUCGCGGCAUUUGUGCCGAGGACGAUGCGCAUUUGUGGCUGAAAAUUUCUCGACUUCGUCGUUCUACCAUUGCGGUUCGAUUUCAAGUGAAACUUGCCGGUGGGUCGAUUCUCAAGUUGCCCGUUGAGACGCCGUUCAGACGUUGCAGCUGGAACGAGGAGCGGUUUCUUGGCAUGGGAUUUAGAGUGGAAUGUCUCCAGCCCAUGAUACGAUGGAGAGUUGCAUUCAACGGGAUCCUCGAGGAUGAGAAAGGGAAGCCUCAUCACGGGCAGGUUCGAUUCAUUUGGUCAGUAAUGACUCCCGUAUUCGACUAUGACUAUGACUGGAAUCCGAAGCUGCGAGCUUCUAAGUGGAAUGAUAGUGGAUCGUUGGAUAUGGCUCAACUUCUAGGGCAUCCUGUAGUUGAUGGCUAUGAAUCUUGGGGAUUCAUUCAAGGUCUGCUUGACAUCUCAGAACAGGAAAGUAAGAAUUUCAUAUUCCGAGGUCCAAGAAUUCAUGCAUGGAGUGGCAAUCCUGAGUUGCACCGGUGUGAUUCUGUCUCGAUUUGGUUGGAAAAUGGCACUAUGAUCUCUGCUCGCAAGGAAGGUCGCGACAGGGAAGGGUAUGUAGUUCACAGCGAUUGCACACUUCAUCCCAUGACGAAAUGUCUUCUGCCGAUCUUCCAGGAUGCCCAUAAGCAUGUGUUUGGAAGUGCCUCCACCAACUUCAGAGAGUAUCCGCUAGAAAUAUUCACUGGCGAUGUGGAGUCAUCACACGGUCUAAACACCCUCAAGGUUCUUUCUCGUAGCUGGAAAGGAUGGGGUCUAUCUCUAUCGGGAGAGAGGUCGGAUAUAGAGAACAUGCUGAUGAUGGUUAACGACGAACCAGAAAAUAAACGCUUAUCUGGAAGAUGCGAAAAAGUGAUAGCACUCUCGGAUACAUCGUGCGAAAACCCCAACGCAGUGGGUGGGAAGGGGAGUUCGCUAGCUGUAGCCUUUCGACUACAGAGAUAUUCUAAAUGCCUAGAGGAUUUCAUAGUCCCUCGGGGAAUGUGCCUUACUGCUGCGGCAGGACGCGAUCACGCGAUAUCUACCCCUGCCAUUGCCAAUGCCAUCAGUCUCCUCAAAGAGACACGUGACGAAAAAAAAAUUCAAGCUGCAUGUGACGAUGUCGUCGAAGCUUUUCGGAAAUCGCAAGUCUUGCCGGAAUUACAGGGAAACAUUCAGGUUAUACUGAGAUCCAUCUUUGGACGAGAUUGGGAGAAGAUGUCAUUUGCCGUGAGGUCAUCUGCCUUGGGUGAAGAUGGGGAGGUGAUGUCAGCAGCUGGUCAGAACGAAACCAUUCUCGGUGUCGUCGGGAAGGAAAGCCUCAUGGAAGCGAUCCUAACAUGCUGGGCUUCUCAGUUCGCUUUCAGAUCCGUGACAUAUAGGAGGCAGCAUGGUCAAUCAGUGCAUGCGGAUAUGGGCAUCGUCAUCCAAGAAAUGGUGGCUGCAGAGGCAGCCGGAGUUCUCUUCACGUGCCAUCCUCUCUCGGGUCACCCUGGAUUCAUGAGCAUCUCGUCUAAUUUCGGCAUCGGAGAGACAGUCGUGUCUGCCUCUGCUGACCCCGAUUCCAUCAUGGUCACGAGAGAUUCCGAUCGCUCGUUCAAGCUGGAUAGCGUUGAGAAAGGCGAGAAGCAGAAACGACUUGUAAUGAAGGACAACUCUCUCGUGGAAGAGGAAGGUGCAGAACGUGACCUGAUUUCCUUGUCCGAAGACGAUGCCAAGAGNGAAUGUCUCCAGCCCAUGAUACGAUGGAGAGUUGCAUUCAACGGGAUCCUCGAGGAUGAGAAAGGGAAGCCUCAUCACGGGCAGGUUCGAUUCAUUUGGUCAGUAAUGACUCCCGUAUUCGACUAUGACUAUGACUGGAAUCCGAAGCUGCGAGCUUCUAAGUGGAAUGAUAGUGGAUCGUUGGAUAUGGCUCAACUUCUAGGGCAUCCUGUAGUUGAUGGCUAUGAAUCUUGGGGAUUCAUUCAAGGUCUGCUUGACAUCUCAGAACAGGAAAGUAAGAAUUUCAUAUUCCGAGGUCCAAGAAUUCAUGCAUGGAGUGGCAAUCCGGAGUUGCACCGGUGUGAUUCUGUCUCGAUUUGGUUGGAAAAUGGCACUAUGAUCUCUGCUCGCAAGGAAGGUCGCGACAGGGAAGGGUAUGUAGUUCACAGCGAUUGCACACUUCAUCCCAUGACGAAAUGUCUUCUGCCGAUCUUCCAGGAUGCCCAUAAGCAUGUGUUUGGAAGUGCCUCCACCAACUUCAGAGAGUAUCCGCUAGAAAUAUUCACUGGCGAUGUGGAGUCAUCACACGGUCUAAACACCCUCAAGGUUCUUUCUCGUAGCUGGAAAGGAUGGGGUCUAUCUCUAUCGGGAGAGAGGUCGGAUAUAGAGAACAUGCUGAUGAUGGUUAACGACGAACCAGAAAAUAAACGCUUAUCUGGAAGAUGCGAAAAAGUGAUAGCACUCUCGGAUACAUCGUGCGAAAACCCCAACGCAGUGGGUGGGAAGGGGAGUUCGCUAGCUGUAACCUUUCGACUACAGAGAUAUUCUAAAUGCCUAGAGGAUUUCAUAGUCCCUCGGGGAAUGUGCCUUACUGCUGCGGCAGGACGCGAUCACGCGAUAUCUACCCCUGCCAUUGCCAAUGCCAUCAGUCUCCUCAAAGAGACACGUGACGAAAAAAAAAUUCAAGCUGCAUGUGACGAUGUCGUCGAAGCUUUUCGGAAAUCGCAAGUCUUGCCGGAAUUACAGGGAAACAUUCAGGUUAUACUGAGAUCCAUCUUUGGACGAGAUUGGGAGAAGAUGUCAUUUGCCGUGAGGUCAUCUGCCUUGGGUGAAGAUGGGGAGGUGAUGUCAGCAGCUGGUCAGAACGAAACCAUUCUCGGUGUCGUCGGGAAGGAAAGCCUCAUGGAAGCGAUCCUAACAUGCUGGGCUUCUCAGUUCGCUUUCAGAUCCGUGACAUAUAGGAGGCAGCAUGGUCAAUCAGUGCAUGCGGAUAUGGGCAUCGUCAUCCAAGAAAUGGUGGCUGCAGAGGCAGCCGGAGUUCUCUUCACGUGCCAUCCUGUCUCUGGUCACCCUGGAUUCAUGAGCAUCUCGUCUAAUUUCGGCAUCGGAGAGACAGUCGUGUCUGCCUCUGCUGACCCCGAUUCCAUCAUGGUCACGAGAGAUUCCGAUCGCUCGUUCAAGCUGGAUAGCGUUGAGAAAGGCGAGAAGCAGAAACGACUUGUAAUGAAGGACAACUCUCUCGUGGAAGAGGAAGGUGCAGAACGUGACCUGAUUUCCUUGUCCGAAGACGAUGCCAAGAGGCUUUGUAUCAUCGGAGAUUUCCUCCAGGGCGAGAUGGGAACCCCUCAAGAUAUCGAAUGGGCCAUCGCCGAUGGAGACAUAUUCAUCCUCCAGUCACGACCCGUGACCACUCUUCAUUCCUGGUCGGAUCACGAACUCAUCCACGAAUUCGAUACGGGUCUGUUUACGGAUCACGAAUACACCAGCACAGGAAACAUCGCGGAGUCUUUCCCCGGUGCUAUUUCUCCUCUUACCAUGACGUUAUCCAUGAAGUCCAUCGAUUCGGGCACCCAGGAUUUAUUAUUGAAUCAACCUGACCAUUUCGCCCCGGCUCUCAUGAAAACUCUAGUGCUCUCUCAUUCCAAAGGGUUGCUUAAUGUCGUGAACAUGCUAUUCAAGGAUUCCGAGGAAAAGAUUGAUCCCGGAAUACGAGCUUUUCAAAUUGUCGCUUUCGGUCGUCCAUACGAAGACAAGGAAAUGCACUCGAUGGGCUUGGAACGAUUCGGAGCGAAAAGCUCCUUUCAGAAAGCUUGUGAGAUGCUUCACAUCUUCCGACGGUACUUCUUGUCCUCCUGGACGAUGAAGACAGCCAUUGCAUCUUACGGAUCACUCGAUAUCACUUACGACCCAUCACUAACAUCGCAGGAAUUAUACGCACUCAUGACUGAAUCGUCUCUGCACAUUCGGAACGUUAUCCGAGUGCACGUGGAAAUGGCAUUUAUAACUGCCAUUUUGGAAGUGAUUAUGCUGAGUAUCCUGGCAAAAGGGAAUGUGGAUUUCAAUACAGAAAGCUACACGGAUGCAGCGGAGCUUCUCCAAUGUGCAACGGAUGUGGAGUCUGUGAAAAUUCCGAAGACCAUUCGAAGGAUGGCUUUGCUUGCAAAGGCAAAGGGUCAGGAUUUCCUCACGUUGUCUGUGGAAGAUGCCCUUAAGUACCUCGAAAAGGACAAAGGAGCUCUUGGUGACAUUUUCCGAGACUUCAUGUCUCGGCACGGACACAGAUGCAAGCAGGAAGUGGAUAUCAUGACUGCGCCCUGGUACGAAGAUCCGAGCGACAUCAUCUGUACGAUCCAGACGAUCGCCUCCGACAUGGAGACGAAAGCAGAAGUAAAACAAGAAGAUAAGCAUCGAGACGUCGGCGUUAUCAUAGACGGCCUGAAAACGGAGCUGUCCGAUAAGGCCAAAUGGAUCCUCCGUCGACUGAUUCCGAUGUGCCGGAAUGCGAUCGGUCGCAGGGAGAUGGCACGCUCCGUGUUCAUCAGGGCGGUUAAAGUCGUCCGGAAAGUAGUGUUGGGACUCGCAGACCGAAUGGUUCGAGAUGGAUACCUGCCUGAUAGGGACCUCAUAUUUUUCCUCACCUGCUACGAGAUCGGGGAGCUGUUGGAGAAACGAACGCCGAGUCUCAUCCAAAGAGCAGAGAAACGUAGACGGAUCUUUCCCAAAUUGGAUUCGCUGAAAUUUCCCGAGCUGAAUCGAGGCAUUCCCAUUCCCGAAAAUGAUGAACCCCUCGAGUUUCUCCCUGGCGAUCCAAACGCGUCGAAGUUGAAUGGGACGCCCGUGUGUCAUGGAAUUGCACGAGGCAUCAUCCGCGUCGUUGUGCACCUUAAAGACGCUCACGAGAUUCAAAGAGGUGACAUCUUAGUGACGGGAGGGACUGACGUCGGUUGGUCUCCUUAUUUCCCUGUCAUCGGAGGCUUGGUCACGGAGAUCGGGGGACUCUUGUCGCACGCUGCCGUCGUCGCAAGAGAAUACGGACUUCCUUGUAUCAUAGGGGUGAAAAAUGCGACAAAAAUUGCGAAGUCGGGAACCAUUGGAAUUUUGGACAGUGGGAAAGGAACACUUAUCAUGGAGCAAUCUUGA